AUGGCUACUCUAAGCCCUCAAACAUGUUCAUGUCUGCUUGCUAAUAACUCCUGCUUGGUGCCUACUUCUUUCUGGCUUACUGGCAUCCCAGGGCUGGAGUCCCUGCACAUCUGGCUCUCCAUCCCCUUUAGCUCCAUGUACCUGGUGGCUGUGGUGGGGAAUGUGACCAUCCUGGCCGUGGUAAAGUUGGAGCACAGCCUGCACCAGCCCAUGUACUUCUUCCUGUGCAUGUUGGCUGUCAUUGACUUGGUCCUGUCAACCUCUACCAUGCCCAAACUGCUAACCAUCUUCUGUUUUUGUGCCUGUCACAUUGACCUAGAUACUUGCUUGACCCAAAUGUUCUUUAGUCAGGUAGAGUCAGGCAUCUUCCUUGCCAUGGCUUUUGGUCACUAUGUGGCCAUCUGUGACCCACUAUGCCACACCUCAAUGCUCACCCAUGCACUGGUAGGACGUUUGGGCCCGGCUGCCCUCCUUCAUGGAGUACUCUACAUUGGACCUCUGCCCCUGAUGAUUUGCCUGAGACUGCCCCUUUACCGGACCCAAAUCACUGCCCACUCCUACUGUGAGUACAUGACCAUGGUCACCUUGGCAUGUAGACACAACAACUUACAUGGAAUGGGAAUUGGCUUCCUGGUAAUGAUCCUGGAUUCACUAGACAUCACUGCCUCCUAUGUGGUGAUUUUUAGGGCUGUCAUAGGGUUCACCACCCCUGAGGCUAGGCUUCAAACCCUAGGAACAUGCAGUUCUCAUAUUUGUGCUAUCCUUGUCUUCUAUAUCCCCAUUGCUGUUUCCUCUCUCACUCACUGCUUUGGCAAUCAUGUCCCUCCCCAUAUCCAUAUCCUUUUGGCCAAAUGUUACCUCCUCAUUCCACCCGUCCUCAACCCAAUUGUCUAUGCUGUUCACACUAAACAAAUUCGAGAGAGACUUCUCCACAUUCUUAAGUCAGGGGCUCAACCCAAGUGA